UGAAACGGAGCGAAUUAGAAUUCGAGAACAUACCAGUUUCGUCUCUAGUCUCUACUCCUGGCCUUCCAAAUCAGAAUUAUCCGAUUUCAUAAUCCAAACGGAGGGGGAAAAUAAAAUUUGAUGGGUGCGAGCAGUGAUCCGAAUCAAGACGGCUCCGAUGAGCAGCAGAAGCGAUCGGAGAUCUACACCUACGAAGCUCCCUGGCACAUUUAUGCCAUGAACUGGAGCGUCCGCCGUGACAAGAAGUACCGACUCGCCAUUGCCAGCCUCCUCGAGCAGUACCCUAACAGGGUCGAGGUUGUCCAGCUCGACGAUUCCAACGGCGAGAUCCGUCCCGACCCCAACCUUUCUUUCGAACACCCUUACCCGCCCACUAAGACCAUGUUUAUUCCUGAUAAAGAGUGCCAGAAGCCUGAUCUCUUGGCCACUUCCAGCGAUUUCCUCCGCCUGUGGCGUAUCGGCGAUGACCAGUCGCGUGUGGAGCUUAAGAGCGUGCUUAAUGGUAACAAGAGUAGCGAGUUCUGUGGGCCUAUCACUUCGUUUGACUGGAAUGAGGUGGAUCCCAAGCGCAUCGGCACUUCGAGCAUCGAUACUACCUGCACCAUCUGGGAUAUCGAGCGUGAGACCGUUGAUACUCAGCUCAUCGCUCACGAUAAGGAGGUUUACGACAUCGCCUGGGGCGGGGUCGGUGUUUUCGCGUCUGUCUCCGCUGACGGUUCCGUUAGGGUUUUCGACCUUCGCGAUAAGGAGCAUUCCACCAUCAUAUAUGAGAGCUCGGAGCCUGACACCCCCUUGGUGCGACUAGGAUGGAAUAAGCAGGACCCGAGGUACAUGGCUACCAUCAUCAUGGACAGUGCCAAGGUGGUGGUUCUGGACAUCCGGUUCCCGACUCUCCCUGUGGUGGAGUUGCAGAGGCACCACGCUAGCGUCAAUGCUCUUGCUUGGGCUCCACACAGCUCUUGCCACAUUUGCACUGCUGGGGAUGAUUCCCAGGCCUUGAUUUGGGACCUCUCCUCCAUGGGGCAGCCCGUUGAGGGUGGAUUGGAUCCCAUUCUUGCUUACACUGCGGGGGCUGAAAUUGAGCAGCUGCAGUGGUCUUCUUCUCAGCCUGAUUGGGUUGCUAUUGCCUUCUCUACUAAGCUGCAGAUUCUCAGGGUUUGAUACUGCAAUUCAUAUACUAUUAUCUACCUGCAGAAAAAAUGCAAUUUGCUAGUUAACAAGGUAGUAGAAUGCAUAAGCAUAUUCCAACAGCAAGGUCUGGAUGGAAAGAUUCUGCAUUAUCGCUAGUCACUCUGACUAUAAAACCAAAAGGUGGUUCAACUGUCAAUUUUGGGACCUAGACUGGGAAGAUAGACUGGAGAAAGUUAAGUUGCAACUCCUUGUGGCAAUUCCCUUAUAUGGACCACCUCGUAUUAUUAUAUUUUACGUGCUGAAUUCAAACUCAAUUUGAUGGCUGAUACCGCUAUCUUCUUUCACUAUUCUGCAUUGGUUGAAGGUUUUUGCCUUAAUAGGCAUGUAAAUGGUUGAGGGUCCCAUCUCUAUAUUGUAAUGCCUCUAGUUUAAGUAACUACAAUAUUUUGUCGUUCCUUAUUUUUCCAUUAUAUUGUAGUAGGCAUAGCAAAAUUAUGUAGAACUACAGAUAUUACACAUCUGGGCUAUUUGGAGUUGGGGGAAGAAAAUACAAUUUUCCUUUUCUGGUAGCAUAUGAGAGAGGAUGAAUUGGUUGCUCCUCACCCUAAAUUCAUAAGAUUUACUAUUGUGGCAAGAGUUGUGAUAGCAUUAUGUUAGUUCCAAAUAAUUUUCUUGAAGUCUGAUGGUUGGAAUCUGAGAAAUGCAGCCUAGGUAAAGGUUGGUACUUGGUAGUUCAAUUGGAACUUUCAUGUUUUUAUGGAGGAGAAAGGAAACAAUAAUUCUAGGAGGUUUGCUUAGUUCGAUAUUUGGCAAGAUAAACUGGAAAUAUUGUGUUUUACUUUCCUGAGGUGAAAGUGGAAGGUGGAAGUGGAUGAGGAUUUGUCAAAGGAAACAUAAUUUGUUCUCCUGUCAAGGAAUGUGGAAGCAAUAGACCUAUAUGCUAGUACAGAAGAGAAGGGCUUGAACAGUGCAUUUUUUUGUGUGUUUCUUGUGAUUAUAAGGACUAGGCUAAUAUUUAUUUUCCUUUCUCUGUUUUCUGUUCUUGGACGUGUGUAUUUCUUUUUAAAAAGCUAUUAUAGCUGAUAUUUUCCUUUUCUA